GUCUUUCUCUCGGUUAUGGGACACCCUGCUAAGGAGAUAAUGGAAAACUCUUGGACAGCACUGGCGCAGGUACUUACUCUUUCUGGGCCAGGUUCUCGAGUACGCUCGGUUCACACGACGGGGGUUGUACAUCGAGAUCGAGGUCAUCGGAUGGCCUGGUAUUUCGCUGCAGAUCUGCUCGGAGGUUGCUCUAACACGGCCAGGCUCGAUCAUGUGUUCUUGAACGAUGAAUCUGAAACGAUCGGGUUAUUAGAACCGGCUCGUGUCUCGGUUCCGUUAGGCUACUUACUUGUUUCUGAACUGGAUCGUUGCGUGACAAAAUUUCUCGGCAUUGGCCAUGAUUCACAUACAAAUGUCUCUACUAGUUCACGAUGCAAGUGAAAAUCAACAGAGUUCAAGGGGAGAGAGAGAUUUUUAUUUCUGAAGAAAAACCAUCACCUUAUAAGACCUAUAAUUGAUCAUCUUGCGAUCUUGAUACAGAUUCAAGAGAUAAACAGUCUCAAGAAGAAACUGAUUACUAAUUAAAAUGAUAACAGAAAUGAUUUGCAAGAUUUGCAAGAUAUAAUAAUUGAUUAUUAUAUUGAAUAAUCUUUUCUUACGAUUUACGUCCAUUCUUACAUAAUUGAAAUUAUAAAACUGAUAUCAGUUAAGCAUCUGAGUUUCGAAAUUCUUAUUUUUAUGUUUGUUCAUGAUUCAUUUAUAAGAAUAUAAUUUCUUGUAAGCUAUCAAAUGAUUCAUUCACCUUACUAUCUAAAUGACCCAACAAUGUCGUUUUAUAUCCAUAAUUUCAAUUAAACAGAUUUUGAAGAGCUAUCUAACGUGAUAAUGAACGAGAACGAGAACACGUUUCUUUGUGUUUGCUGUUCGGUUAUCAAUCGACGAUUAGAACGAUAGUACAUUUUGCGGAUGUAGACGACCACGAUUUUGUGGUUGAAUUUCGGAAAGCAUUUUCCACGUUGGUAGAAAGCCAAAGUGCAAGCCGAAUUCUGGCAGCCUGCCAUUUCUUGCGGAUCUGUAUUAUCCUGGUACCAGGUUUCGAGUUGCAGCUUUUGAUUAAUAUGCAGCGCGUUCAAAGCGUGUGCGUCAAUUGAAAAGGAUUCCUAAAUCAAUGAAAAAUAAUUGAAUUAAUAAAGAAUUACGUAUUUAUAUCAAAAAAAUAUUUCUUUCAUUUACAUCAAAUUUGUGAUGUUGAUUUAUAUUUUCUAUUUCCAAAAUAUGCAUCUGUACGAUACGAUCCACAGAGGUGGAAAAGAAUACUCUUUUGGCAGAGGAACGGGUCGUUUGCAAUUUGUGGGACAAAGGGAGCGUAGCAGAGUAAAGUGGAAUAGCUGUAGCUUUUUGUACGCGACGACAGAGAGAAUAAAAUGUACCAUGACAAUCGUUACCU